UCAGGCCAGUCAGCAGAAACGGAAGCGAGUGUCUUUUGUAAACAACAGACGCCAGACAGUGAAGCACCAUCCAUCUUCUUCGACUAGGGAAGCAAAGCACCGCAGCCUAUCAUGGGAGCCGUUCUCGGACUGUGCUCCAUGGCGAGUUGGAUCCCCUGCCUCUGUGGCAGCGCCCCCUGCCUGUUGUGUCGCUGCUGUCCCAGUGGAAAUAAUUCCACCGUGACUCGCCUCAUCUAUGCCUUCUUCUUACUUCUGGGAGUGGGCAUUGCUUGCAUCAUGUUGAUGCCUGGCAUGGAGGGGCAGCUCAAGAAGAUUCCAGGGUUUUGUGAAGGAGGGAUGGGCUCAUCUAUUCCCGGUGUGGAGGGUCACGUGAACUGUGAUGUUUUGGUUGGCUACAAGGCCGUGUACCGUGUUUGCUUUGGCAUGGCCAUGUUCUUCUUGCUCUUCUCUCUGCUCAUGAUCAAAGUCAAGAGCAGCCAGGACCCACGGGCUGCACUACACAAUGGGUUUUGGUUCUUUAAAUUUGCUGCAGCUGCUGCCAUCACCAUUGGAGCUUUCUUUAUCCCAGAGGGUCCCUUCACUACUGUUUGGUUCUAUAUUGGCAUGGCUGGGGCUUUCUGCUUCAUCCUCAUCCAGCUCGUUUUACUGAUUGACUUCGCCCAUUCCUGGAAUGAGUCCUGGGUUGAGAAGAUGGAGGAGGGCAACUCUCGCUGCUGGUAUGCAGCUUUGUUGUCAGCCACCACAGUAAACUACCUGCUGUCUCUGGUUUCCCUGGUCAUGUUCUAUGUCUACUACACCCACUCUGACGGCUGCACUGAGAACAAGGCCUUCAUCAGCGUCAACAUGCUGCUCUGCGUCGCAGCCUCUGUUAUGUCCAUCCUGCCUCAGAUCCAGGAGUCUCAGCCCAGGUCUGGCUUGCUGCAGUCUUCCCUGGUCACCCUGUACACCAUGUACUUGACCUGGUCUGCCAUGACAAAUGAGCCUGACAGGAAAUGCAACCCGAGCCUUCUAGGUAUUAUUGGUCUGAACAGUACAAGUCCCGCCGGCCAGGACCAUGUGGUCCAGUGGUGGGAUGCCCAGGGCAUUGUGGGAUUGAUCCUCUUCCUCAUGUGUGUCCUCUAUUCCAGUAUCCGUAACUCGUCCAACGCCCAGGUCAACAAGCUGACUCUGACCAGCGACGAGUCUGCCCUGAUUGAGGACGGGCCUCAGUCAGACAGCUUUGAGGAGGGCGACGGCCUGAACCGAGCCGUGGACAACGAGAAGGACGGAGUCACCUACUCCUACUCCUUCUUCCACUUCAUGCUAUUCCUGGCGUCGCUCUACAUCAUGAUGACUCUCACCAACUGGUACAGCCCCGACUCAAACUAUGAGACAAUGACUAGCAAGUGGCCGUCAGUCUGGGUGAAGAUCUCCUCCAGCUGGAUCUGCAUCGCCCUCUAUGUCUGGACGCUGGUUGCCCCACUCGUCCUGGUCAACAGAGACUUUGACUGAAAAAUCUCCACACCGCGCACAGUUCUGUUAGCUGUUUUGCCCGUUUUUGUUUCAGAAAAGUGAAGUGAGCAAUACAGUAGAUAAAGGUGAAUUCAUUCUGGCUCAUUGUUCUCACUAACCCCUCAGCUGUUACUGCUGGAUGGAUUUGGGGCUGUGUUCAGGGCUGCUGGAACAUUUCAGGAUGUUUGGCAGGAACACCGGAGAUUUGGAGAGCAGUCUUCUCUGUAGUUUUGUGUUGAAUCCUUGCUGCCCUCCUGCUCAACAUGCUCGGGGGGAGAAUGCAGUGUUUGAGGUUGAAAGGAGCAGGAGUGAAUAAUGGAGAGAAUUACCAAGAGUGUUUAAAUCCACCUGCAGCAUCUCUGAAAUGUCUGACAGGCCUGAAUGCAGCUCAGUCCCUCCUCAUCAUUCGGUAGGAUAUAAUUGUGAAUCGUCAGCAGCCUCUUGUAGUGGUGAUCCAUUCUGUUAGCACUGUAAAUACACUGUGUGUGCAUUCCCAGAGGAUGGCCCAUCCCACCAUCCUCGUCUGCUUCAUUUUCCUUUUUUUUUUUUUUUUUAAACAAAAAACAGAGCUGCAUGCUUUUUUCCUUUGCAACAUGAUGUGACAUUACCAGUAGCUGGUUCUGCAGCCGUCUGCAGUUUAGAGCUUUGAUCGAUGUGGCAUCUGUGGGCAGCAAAUAAGGAGGCAGCGGAGAUUUUUAUGACUGCAGGAUUAUUUAUUAGAAGGGAUUAAUGUUACAUGUAAAAUACGAGAAAAAACGCUUUAACUGCUCUUGUCAGACUUGCUUUCAGUUGUAUCAGCAUGAUUCUAGCCGUGGCAUUUAGGAGUAGAGAUUAAACUAGGAGAGCAACUUGUAGUUCACUGACUAGUACCAUCAACAAGCAUGAGCAUCUUGGGAUGUAGUCUUUUGCAUGAUAUAGUGAUCUGCUUCCAUGUAUCUGCUGCUUGUUCUUUAUGUUAAAUGGUUGCUUUUUUCCAUUUUGCAAUAAUCUGUACACCUCAGCCGAGUCAAGCUGCGCUGGUUACAUAUUUAAAUUUCUGUUUUGUGUUUGUUGUUUAUGAUUUGCGUUGGAGUUUGAUCUUAAAUGGUGAUAGUUUGAAAACUCCUGGAUAAGUUAUUUUGUAGUUUUUAACAUCAAUAUAUUGUCAGUAUUUGUCAGACUGACCAGACAUGUAUUAUACUAAAUUUGUUGUUACCCCUGCUUUGACCCUAGAAUUUGCCUUUUGACAUGUAAAAGUGCAUUGUAACUCGUGUAAUAAAAUAAUAAAAAAAAAAAGGGAA